GGAUUCUUCACUUCAAAGGAAAUAAAAAGAAAAAGGAAAAGAAAAGAAAAAUCAAAUCUUUGGUUCUGUGCCAGUCCGGACAAGAAAAAGAGCAAAGAAACCGAGCAAAGAUUCUGGCAAAGCGAAUGGCUCAAACCAUCUCCUACAUUACCGGCUCUCAACUCCUUCCCCUUAAACGCCUUCCGAAUAUCGCCAUCAUAGAUGUUAGGGAUGAUGAAAGGAGUUAUGAUGGGCAUAUAGCUGGGUCUUUGCACUAUGCCAGUGGCACUUUCACUGAUAAGAUCUCCAAUCUUAUCCAAGAUGUCAAAGGCAAAGAUACUCUUGUUUUUCAUUGUGCUCUAAGCCAGGUUCGUGGCCCAACUUGUGCACGGAGGUUAGCGUAUCAUCUAGAGGAGUUGAAGGAAGAUACUGGGAUCAAGAACAUUUUGGUUUUGGAGCGCGGUUUCAAUGGCUGGGAAGCUUCCGGACGACCUGUUUGUCGCUGCACUGACAUCCCUUGCAAGGGAGAGAGUGCAUAACCAACCAUCCAUUAGAAUUAAUUCGGGCUGAUAAGGAAGCAAAAACAUAUAUCAUCUACUUGGUGCCAACCAUUUUUUCGGUUAUUCUCUCUUCUGAUUGAUAAUGUUUAAUGGAGAUAUACUAUAUUACUGGGUUUGGUUUCUACCAAGCUUGUUUUCACUUUUAACACUUGGUGCAUGGCUGGUUACUGUCCCUUUCUGUUUGGGACAAUAUGCAUUAUAUAGUUACUAUGAAUAAAAACCAAAAGUUAUUAAUACUA